AUGCCGGUGCUACAUACACAACAACUGGUCUUACGAGUAACGCUCCACCUGACCUCUGCAGGUACACUGUCGGAGCUGGCGACGCUGCAGGUGAGUGGCAACCCCAUCACUUUCCCGCCUCCUGACGUCAUCAAGGGCGGCACGCGCGCCAUUUUGCGCUUCCUGAAGGAAAAAUGCGACGCUGAGGAAAAUAGCGACGGUCUUCCAACCUCCUCGCCCGCCGCCGGGGAGGUCGAACCCUUGGGAAAUCACCCGGGAUCGACUCCAGAUGCGAAGCGACGGUCGGAAAGUUUGAGGGAGAGUUCCUUUGAUGACCAAGAUGGUGAGGAGAGUGAGAGUGCGGUGUGGUGCGGCUGGUACAGCGAAGGUGAGGGCAGGCAGGCAAGGGUCGCUGAAAAUGCUCCAGAGAGUCAUUACGAAGGUGAUGAAAGUGAUGACGGUGAUGAGACGUCUCGAAACUCAUCCGUACACUCGACCAGCUUCCGGAUAGCCAUUAAGGCCGGUGGAGACUCAGUGGUGGAGCAGGACCUCCACCUGGGCCUCCAAGAAGAGCCUGAUAGCGAGCGAGACACUCUGGGUCGCCCUCCGAGUUCCACUUCAGCGUGCCUCCUGACUCCCAACUUCGAGUUCCCGACGAGACCCGAGUAUGACUUGACCCGCGAGGACUCUUCCUCAGACAGAGGCCUCGCUGAGGGCCCGUGUCGCCCCGAGGACGACCCCUCCAUCGCUACCUGGAGCUGCACCUGCUUCCAGGACCCGUCGCCCAUCACUCGAGACAAAAUGCACAUCUUCGGCAGGAGUCCAGACUCGACCUCGAAGCACCGCUUCCUGAAGACUCUUCCAGACACUUUGGAAAGCCUCCUCCUUCCCGUGGGCUCCAUCAUGGUCCCUUCUAUGGCCCCGGGACACAUAGGGGGCCAUCGAAGGACCCUCCACCUCCAUCUUCAGGGGGACAACCACCACCUGGAGGACGACAUGGAGAGCCUGGAGGGUGACCUGGGGGAGGGCUACAGGCGUCCCCAUAGCGAACCAUUCUGCGACAUCGAGAAGGAAUGUCACAGAAAGGUGAGCUGCGUGUCUCUGCCGGUGGUGAGCCUGCAGCUGCCCGCCCUGGAGGGCCACCUGCUGCAGGAGAGAGGACCUCGGCCAGGCCUCGCCAGCAACAGGAGGAUAGCCAGGAGGCCCAGGCCAGGCGCCGGCUCCAGGAGGACUCAGAAAGAACACCACAAACCUAAGCUGGUAACGGUGGCUGAGGUGCACAGGAGAGCGAGAGAGGCCAGGAGACGACAGAGAGAGAUGCUGGCAGCCACCAGGGAGAUGAACGCAAGCCAGAGACUCAAGAGUGUUGCAGGUCUGGAGGACUGGAGAGAGGAGGCCAAGCAAUUGCAGCUUCAACAGCAAUACCACCACACCCUUCACCCAAACGCGUACCUGCCAGCGGUGUGUGAGGCGCCCUUCGCUAUUGACGGAACUAUGCUAACUCCAAGAGCCAGAUCCAAGAUUAAGACCAAAGAAGACCAGAAGAGAUCGCUCAGCCCCUCGGUGAGUCAGGUCACGGGAGUGUGUGCUGGGGUCAGGUCGUGUUUGGAGGAACUGAGCACCGCUGCCGGAGGAGCCGCAGGAGGUGAGGAAGGAGGCAGCUUGGCCCACACCGCCUCCAUCGUCACUCAGCUUCACCAUCUUCGUCGGCAGCUUAACCGUCUGAAGGUCAACUGCGUCAUCUAGAUGUCUGUGCAGCCGCGUGGGAGGGAGGAGGAGACGGAGGGGGGUGUUCCCAGUCUCGGACAUCAACGCGUCUAUCUGUCGGUAGCAAGGCGUCUAUCCGUAACGCUGCGAUGCGUCUAUCCGUCAACGCUGCGAUGCGUCUAUCCGUCAACGCUGCGAUGCGUCUACCUGUCGUCAUCAAUGAUAUUUCUCGGUCCAGAUGAACACGAAUACGCUCACAAGUUCUUAUCAUUUGCAUUUCUGUGUUAAUAUUUUAGUGUGUGUGUGUGUGUGUGUGUGUGUGUGUGUGUGUGUGUGCGUGCGUGCGUGUG